UUCUGUGUCUUCUUCAGUUUCAUGUUUUAUUUAUAAUUUUUAAACACAAGUGAUUCUGGUGUAUUAUCAACAAACCAAUGAAAAUUCACAUGGACAUGAUGAAGAUAAUGAGAAAUGAAACAUCACAACUGUUUGGUAUGCAGACAGUCAGUUUGAAGUUCAUUCUGGUCAUUCUUUGGCUUAUUACAGGUGAUGAGUGUAGGACAGUAACUGUUCAGACUGGUGGAUCUGUUAUUAUUCCAUGUCAUUAUGAAAGUAAAUACACACAACACGAGAAAUACUGGUGUUAUCAUGCAAGAGCAGCUUAUCCUUACUGCUCUACUCUGGCAUAUGCAAAUGAAACCAAAGGAGACGUGUCAGUAAUUGAUCAUCCUGAUCAGAGUUUAUUUACUGUCACUAUGAGAGACCUGCAACAUCAAAACACUGGAAAUUACUGGUGUGGUAUGUCAAUUACAGAUGGGGAUGAUGUGACAGAGUGGUUUUAUAUCACAAUCCAACCAGCUCCUGAUGUCUACGUGAUGUCCAGCAGUGUAACUGUAGAUGAAGGUGGUAAUAUCAGUCUACAGUGUCUCUACACUUCUACAUAUAAGAAUAAACACAAACAGUGGUGCAGAUAUAAAGACAAGAGAUGUUACACAGUGGGAAGAUCUGGCACAUCCCAGUAUUCAGUUGAGAUCAGUGAUGAUGGGAGAGGAUCUUUGACUGUGGUGAUGUCUGGACUGAUGAAGAGUGAUUCUGGCUGGUAUUACUGUUCUGUAGGAGAUCUACAGGCUCAUGUUCAACUCACAGUCAAUGUUUCUGUUGGAGAUCCAAAGACUCCUGUUGAAUCCACUGAUGCUGAACCUACAAGAGCAGUUGUGACCACAGACAUGAAGACUACACAACUAUGGGAACUAAAUCAGUUUUGUCUUUCUAAGGACUAGAGUUGACCUAAUGGAUGGUUGUGUGGACAAGAAUAAUUCAGAAUAAAUAAUCUUUCACUGAAGUAAACUGUGCACAUUUCUCUCUCAUUAUAGCUCAGUUUGAUGACCUUAAAUGCUGAAAACCUUGUUUCCUAUG